AUGUACCCAGCACCCCCGAAUCCCGUAACACCAAAUCCUACCUACUUUGCCCGCCAAGCACCUGGCCCCAAUAUCUACGCACCAACUCCUUACAACCCAACAUACUCAACCCGCAGCGACCCCUACCGCCAGCAGCAGCAGCAACAACAACAGCAGCAGCACCAGCAACAGCACCAGCUACAAUACCAGCAACCACAACCACAGAACUAUCACAUCCACCACACCAUCGAACAGCCCCGCCAAUCCACGACUCCCGAGCCCAGCGACGUGACCUGCUCUUCGUCGUCGACCUCCUCAACCACCUCCUCCCCACCCACCACCUCCUCGACCUCGCAACUCGAAAAAGAAGUCUACUUCUACAACGCGCACUCAGACAAAACGCCCCUCCGCGCCCUCCUCGACACGAGCGCAGACCGCAACUUCAUCCGGCUAGACAGAGCGCUCGAGGCCGGCUUAGAGCUACGACUGUGCACACACCUGAACUUCUGGGCAGGCGACGGGUCCAUCGUGAAACCCAAAUACAUCGCCAACGGACGGUGGCGGUUCAACGCGCGCAAGGGCAAGGGCGGCGGCUUCAUCUGGACGGACGAGUUCGUCGUGCUCGAGAACAUGCCGCGCGAUGUUAUACUCGGGGCCGAGGUCGUCGUCGAGCGGGCGUUUUUGCUGCCUAAUGAGACGUUGCGCGCGUUGGGGCUGUCGGCGUUGGCGUUGACGAAAGAGCAAAGGAAAUUGAGGGAGGAAGAGGAGAAGCGGAAGCGCUUGAAACAGAGUCUGGAGACUCGUCGCCAGGCUUUGGAAAGAAAGGCAAGGAGAAACCUGCUGCGGCCGAAACACAAAAACGUGGUGGAGAAUGAGGAAGAUGAGUGGUAUGACUGCGAAGAAGAUGACUCAAGUGUGGCUGCUACGGUGGGGAGUCGAUCGUGA